AUGGCUUAUAAUUUAGUUGUUAAAGAGGUGAAUUCAAAGCAUCCACAACACCAUAAGAAAUUAGCAAAAGACAAUGUGGUCAAUUGCUUUAGGACAAUUAAGCAGACUUUUAGAAACCUUCUUCUUUGUCUAGAGCAAAGUGGGUUUAGUUUUGAUCACGCGGAGAAGAAGCUGAAUGUAGAAGACCAAAUAUGGUAUCCAUUCGCUGUUAAGAGAAAAGAUAAGGGAACAACUUCUGAAGAACCUAGGUCAUACAUCCAUCCAGUGAAUCAUAUGGAGAUUGGUGAGACCGAUGGCAGUGAAGAUUUAAACACCCAAGUCCCAAUGUCCACAUCGUAUUCUGAAGAGGAGAGUGGAGCUGGUGCGCCUCAAGAGAGAAAGGGAGCGAAGGUAGCAUUGGAUGGCCAAAUAUUUGUUGUUGCCGCCUCUGUAGAUCGUUUGGCGACUAUGGUCCAAGAGAGGCAUAUCUCUCCUAAAUCAUUGUUGGAUACUAUACUAGAAGUAGAUGGAUUUAGCAAAGAUACACUUGACAUCGUCUUUGAAUUCCUCAUAGUAAAUGAACCACAAGCAAAGGCAUUUUUAGUUAAGGAUGUGGAGCAACGGAGGAAGUGGAUCUUAAGGUUUCUUGAUCAAAGCCAUUGA